CUCUUUCUGGGUAUCCCUGUUUGGGGGGCUCUGAGCAGUUUUCAAACGACCACCAUCACCUCUCCCAACCCCCUCCGCGUCCCCGCCGCCACCUCCACCUCCCAGGUUCCUCGCCCCUUUCGACAGUGUUUUUUCAAGGCUGAUCGGGGGUGGGGGGUUAGAGAGAAAGAGCGAAGAAAAGUUGCAAACGGCUCCGCGCGUCCCGAGCCUCCCGCCCCCCCCCGCCCCUCCGAGCAGGAGAAGAUAAUAUAGCGAAAAGAAGAGGAGGAGGAGAGCGCGACGGGACGGACGCGAGCGGGAGCGCAGCCGCCCUCCCGGCUCCGUCGCGGCGCCUCGCGGGUCCGGGAGGCGAGGGGGCCCCGCGGGGAGACGCCGUGACGACUUUCGUUCCCCCCCCCGAGGGAGCCGGGAGGUCGGCGGCCCCGAAAGACAUGAAUUACCUGUUUCACAGAUGAGGAAACUAAGACCUUAGAGAGACUAAUUUAUCCAAAUCCCAAAGCAAGUAAGAAGUGGCAGCGGACCUGGAGCCGAGACCUUCUGACUCAUUCUCAGAGAGAGCGGUGAUCUGGCUCCUCCCACAGAAUCCUGUCAAGAUUAUAUGAAUCCGGAUAUACAGCUUUUCAGCCCCAUGUAAAGCUGUUGGCGCGAGGGAACAGAGGUAAAGAAUGAUGUAAUGCACUGGCUGCCCCAAAGCAUCUUUUGUUGGAAUGGUUAUUCCAGUCAUCUCUUUAUGAAUCAAGUGUGAGGGGCUGCUUUGUGGCAGGAGGCCUCUGCGAGAGCACAUCAACUGGAAAGAGAAAGAGACAUUCACUUGGAGGGCUCUUGCUGAAAAUGGGUUUAACUCUCCUCUUGCCAGUCGCCACCAGCCUGACCUCAUACAUUUCAGUACAAUGGAGUGGCUGAGCCUUUGAGCACACCACCAUUACAUCAUCGUGGCAAAUUAAAGGAGGAGGUGGGAAAAGAGGACUUAUUGUUGUCAUGGCCCAUGAGAUGAUUGGAACUCAAAUUGUUACUGAGAGGUUGGUGGCUCUGCUGGAAAGUGGAACGGAAAAAGUGCUGCUAAUUGAUAGCCGGCCAUUUGUGGAAUACAAUACGUCCCACAUUUUGGAAGCCAUUAAUAUCAACUGCUCCAAGCUUAUGAAGCGAAGGUUGCAACAGGACAAAGUGUUAAUUACAGAGCUCAUCCAGCACUCAGCCAAACAUAAGGUCGACGUUGAUUGCAGUCAGAAGGUUGUAGUUUACGAUCAAAGCUCCCAAGAUGUGGCCUCUCUGGCCUCAGACUGUUUUCUCACUGUACUCCUGGGUAAACUGGAGAAGAGCUUCAGCUCUGUUCACCUGCUAGCAGGUGGGUUUGCCGAGUUCUCCCGCUGUUUCCCUGGCCUCUGUGAAGGAAAAUCCACCCUAGUCCCCACCUGCAUUUCUCAGCCUUGCUUACCUGUUGCCAACAUUGGGCCAACCCGAAUUCUGCCCAAUCUCUAUCUUGGCUGCCAGCGAGAUGUCCUCAACAAGGAGCUGAUGCAACAGAAUGGGAUUGGUUAUGUAUUAAAUGCCAGCAACACCUGUCCCAAGCCUGACUUUAUCCCUGAAUCUCAUUUCCUGCGAGUGCCUGUGAAUGAUAGCUUCUGUGAGAAAAUUUUGCCGUGGUUGGACAAGUCAGUAGAUUUCAUUGAGAAAGCAAAAGCCUCCAAUGGAUGUGUCCUAGUGCACUGCUUGGCAGGGAUCUCUCGCUCUGCCACCAUCGCCAUUGCCUACAUCAUGAAGAGGAUGGAUAUGUCCUUGGAUGAAGCUUACAGAUUUGUGAAAGAAAAAAGACCUACUAUAUCUCCGAACUUCAAUUUUCUGGGCCAGCUCCUGGACUACGAGAAGAGGAUUAAGAGCCAGACCGGAGCGGCGGGGCCCAAGAGCAAACUGAAGCUGCUGCACCUGGAGAAGCCAAGCGAGCCUGUCCCGGUCGCCGUCGCCGCCGCGGAGGGCGGGCAGGGAGGCCAGCCGCCCCUCGGGCCGCCCCGCGCCCGUCCCGCCGCCGCUCCCCCCGAGGCGUUGGGGCCCCGGCCUGUGCCCCACGCCGGUGCGCCCGGCGCCCAGCCCUCGCCUCCCGACGACGGCCCCCUGGUCCAGGCGCUCAACGGGCUCCACCUGCCCGCGGACCGGCGGGAGGACAGCGGCCGCCUCAAGCGCUCCUUCUCCCUGGACAUCAAGGCGGUGUCGCCGUCAGCCGGCGCGGCCGCGCCCCUGCGCGGGCUCUCCUCCCCGGAGGCGGCCCCGGAGCCCUACAAGCCCUCCUCCGCCCUGGAGGGCGCCGGCAAGCCGUGCCAGUUCUCCCCGGUGCGGGAGGUGUCGGAGCAGACGCCCGAGGCCAGCCCGGAGCGGGAGGCGGCCAGCCCCCCCCGGGGCCCCCAGCCUCCGAGGGCCCCCGAGGGCCAGGGCGCGCGGCCCCGCGCGGGGAGGCCGCUCCUGUCGCCCCUGCCCCGCAGCGGCAGCGUGGAGGACCACUGCCAGCCCCGCUUCCUCUUCGGCCUCUCGGCCAGCCAGCAGCACCUGGCCCCGUCCGCCGCCGGGCUGGGCCUCGAGGGCUGGCACUCGGACAUCCUGGCCCCCCAGACCUCCGCCCCCUCCUUGGCCAAGAGCUGGUAUUUCGCCCCCGAGCCCCCUCACUUCUACUCGGCCUCGGCCGUCUACGGAGGCCACGCCGGCCCCCCCGCCUUCAGCUGCGGCCAGCUGCCCGCCUGCGGCGGCGACCCAGGCCACUCCGUGCGCCGGCGGCAGAAGCCCAGCGACAGGGCCGACUCCCGGCGCAGCUGGCACGAGGAGAGCCCCUUCGAGAAGCAGUUCAAACGCAGAAGCUGCCAGAUGGAGUUUGGCGAGAGCAUCAUGUCCGAAAACCGGUCGCGGGAGGAACUGGGGAAGGUGGGCAGCCAGUCGAGCUUUUCAGGCAGCAUGGAAAUCAUCGAGGUCUCCUGAGAAGAAAGACACUUGUGACUUCUAUGGACAGCUUUUUUCUUGUUCACAAAAAAAUAUUCCCUGUAAAUCUGAAAUACAUAUAUGUACAUACAUAUAUAUUUUUGGAAAAUGGAGCUGUGGUGUAAAAGCAAAGCACGG